GUUCCAGAGCAUCACCGUGACUGCUGGUGCUGAUUGUCUUGCUUCCUGCGUGGCUCCCUCAGUCAACAACUUACUGAGGCGCCUUUCCUUUUACAAGAGGCUGUCAGCGCGGAGCCCCAGCCAGAAAUAACAGACUUCACCUUGGAGUAGUUCAUCUCACUCCUGCAUCAUUAAAGAGGAUUUUGAAAAGAAACAAAAAUCAAGUCCUCCUUCCUCCUUCCAGUCUCACUUUGUUCCAGAAUUGAACAGAAGCAGUUUCAUGCUCCAGGUGGAAAAUGGUUGCCUGUGUUCACCUACUGUGAAGACUAAGAAUCAGACCACUGCAGUUUUGAAUCUCUGAAGUGUUUCAGGAUGUAAAUGCAAUCUGACCUUUCCCUGGUGGACGGUUAAAUCAUGGACACGCUAAACACUUUACUUUGGACUGUCCUUCCAAAGGAUGCUUUGGCUUCUCUCCUGAAUGCUCACUAAGCAUUUAUAGCCAACAAGGAAAAGAAAGAAAACUGUGAACUGGAAAGUUAUCUUACAAUGAAAAUUACGAGCACAUCUUGCAUCUGUCCAGUCCUCGUGUGUCUCUGUUUUGUGCAGAGGUGUUAUGGAACUGCUCACCACAGCUCCGUCAAGGUGACCAGAAAUCAAACCAAGCACAUCGAAGGCGAGACCGAAGUCCACCAUCGUCCCAAAAGGGGAUGGGUUUGGAAUCAGUUCUUUGUUUUAGAAGAACAUAUGGGACCCGAUCCACAAUAUGUUGGAAAGCUGCACUCCAAUUCUGACAAAGGUGAUGGGUCUGUCAAGUACAUCCUUACUGGAGAAGGUGCUGGGACCAUAUUUAUCAUUGAUGAUACCACAGGUGACAUCCACUCAACGAAAAGCCUGGACAGAGAGCAGAAGACCCACUAUGUGCUCCAUGCCCAGGCUAUUGACAGACGGACAAACAAGCCUCUUGAACCCGAGUCCGAGUUCAUCAUCAAAGUGCAAGACAUCAAUGACAAUGCUCCAAAGUUCACAGAUGGACCAUAUAUCGUUACCGUGCCUGAAAUGUCAGAUAUGGGUACCUCUGUUCUGCAGGUAACAGCUACCGAUGCAGAUGACCCUACCUACGGAAACAGUGCCCGGGUGGUUUACAGCAUUCUCCAGGGACAGCCCUACUUCUCCGUAGACCCGAAAACAGGAGUUAUUAGAACUGCCUUACAUAACAUGGACAGAGAAGCCAGAGAGCACUACUCGGUGGUCAUUCAAGCCAAAGACAUGGCUGGGCAAGUUGGAGGGCUUUCAGGAUCGACAACGGUCAACAUCACCCUGACCGAUGUCAACGACAACCCCCCACGGUUUCCUCAGAAGCACUAUCAGCUGUAUGUUCCUGAGUCAGCUCAAGUUGGUUCAGCCGUUGGGAAAAUCAAGGCAAAUGAUGCAGACACUGGCUCAAACGCUGACAUGACGUACUCCAUCAUUAACGGGGACGGUAUCGGGAUAUUCUCCAUCUCUACUGACAAAGAGACCAGAGAAGGGAUCCUUUCCUUAAAGAAGCCACUGAACUAUGAGAAAAAGAAGUCCUACACUCUCAACAUAGAAGGAGCAAAUACACACCUUGAUUUUCGCUUCUCUCACUUGGGUCCUUUUAAAGAUGCCACCAUGCUGAAGAUCAUUGUCGGGGAUGUGGAUGAACCACCUCUAUUUUCCAUGCCCUCCUACAUCAUGGAAGUCUAUGAAAAUGCCAAGGUUGGAACUGUCGUUGGCACAGUUUUGGCACAAGAUCCUGACAGUGCUAAUAGCUUAGUAAGAUACUUCAUUGACUACAAUGCUGAAGAUGACAGGUUUUUCAAUAUUGAUGCCAAUACUGGAUCAAUUAAGACUACAAAGGUUCUUGAUAGAGAAGAAACUCCGUGGUACAACAUCACAGUGGCUGCUUCAGAAAAUGACAAUCCUGGUUUGCUCAGCCAUGUCACAGUGGGUAUUAGAGUUCUGGAUGUCAAUGACAAUCCACCCGAACUUGCCAGGGAAUAUGAUAUUGUUGUCUGUGAAAAUUCUAAGCCUGGCCAGGUUAUUCAUACCAUCAGUGCCACCGAUAAAGAUGAUUUUGCCAAUGGACCAAGGUUUAACUUCUUUCUUGAUGAACACCUGUCUAUAAAUCCAAACUUCACCCUGAAGGACAAUGAAGAUAACACAGCCAGCAUUCUGACCAGGCGGAGGAGAUUUAGUCGCACUGUUCAGGAUGUGUAUUAUCUCCCCAUUACGAUCUCUGAUGGUGGAAUCCCCUCUCUCAGCAGCAGCAGCACCCUGACCAUCAGGGUUUGUGCAUGCGAGAGAGAUGGGCGCGUGCGGACCUGCCACCCCGAAGCGUUCCUGUCCGCCACUGGUUUGAGUACAGGAGCCUUAAUCGCUAUUCUUCUGUGUGUUGUCAUUCUCCUAGCAAUUGUAGUACUUUUUAUCACCCUGAGACGCAGCAAAAAAGAGCCCCUGAUCAUUUCCGAGGAGGAUGUGCGGGAGAAUGUGGUCACCUACGAUGACGAAGGGGGCGGGGAGGAAGACACUGAGGCCUUUGACAUCACAGCCUUGAGGAACCCGUCUGCAGCUGAGGAGCUCAAGUACCGGAGAGAUAUCAGACCUGAAGUGCAACUCACGCCCAGGCACCAGACACUGUCCACCCUGGAAAGUAUCGAUGUUCAGGAAUUCAUCAAACAGAGGCUGGCAGAAGCUGACCUAGACCCCAGUGUCCCUCCUUAUGACUCUCUUCAGACUUAUGCCUACGAGGGUCAGAGAUCAGAAGCUGGUUCUAUCAGCUCCCUGGACUCAGCCACUACACAGUCAGACCAGGAUUAUCAGUACCUUGGGGACUGGGGACCAGAGUUUAAAAAGUUGGCUGAACUCUAUGGAGAAAUGGAAUCUGAAAGAACAACUUAGGGGGGCCAUUCUUUCAACAUUCGAGAAUUUGCUGCCUGAGCAAGUGAAGACAUAACCUCAGCCAUGACAAGGAAGAAGUGUGGGAACAGUACUUGGAACUGAGCAAGCUGUACACAGCCACUGUAGAAACAAGUGCCCUUUUCAUGAUCGAAACUGGGUUAUUUAAUCAGAAGAAAGUCAAAUUAAACAAAACAACACAAACAGAGAAAAAGCUAUUGUACCUUGUGUAUAUUUUCAAUUGCUCAAUAAAGUCUGUGGUACUGUUUA